CGGUUGUUUUAGUUAACAAUGGUUACCAUGCAGGACGCGAUGAUGUUUGCGCCUGUGUCCAAGUGCCUUAAAUUUAAUCCUCCUUUUUUGAUGGGUGGGCUGUGGAGAAAGAAAUAUCAUUGCUUGCUGCUAUAAAUAAUCCCGCAGCAUCAUUGUGGGCCGACCUCGGUCGCACUGCUCAUUGCCAUUCCCUCAGGGGACAAGUUAGUGUCGACCCAACUAUGAGCGACUUCAGGCGCAAUCCCAGAUAUUACCACGAACGGACCCAACCUGGCUGACAUCAUUGCGUCUGGUGAUAUAGAUAGAUCCGUAGUACCUCCUCCUUCCUCUUCACAUCCAUUUGGAGCCGCCUGUGUGUGUAGUCAGUGGCACUUAAUCACAGAGCGCAGCAAGGCAGGAGGCGGACCGUCGGGCGUGAACGAAAUAGUAACGGCGAACCGGAGAGGCGGCAGUGUGCGGGACAACGCGGGCAGAGGAGCUAUCCAGAGGACGUCUCCAGCUGCUGCUCUCGGGUUUUAGCCCCCCUCCCCUUACUUUAUCCGUGCACCGGAUCGCGCCGUGCAGUUUUGGUCUCCGUCCCGACCCACCAAGUCUCGCUCUGCCGCCGGAGCUUCCGUGGAAAUGUCCAAAAAAAGAACAGCCGAGCCGGAGUCCCGGGUGAAACACGAAGAUGCUCUGGGCACCGCGACUCGCCUCUCUCGUUUCUCCCUGGAGUCUGUAGAAUGAAGACGACUUAAAUUGAAAAAGAAGAAGAAGAAAAAGUCAACAGCAGAGCGCAAAAGAUGUCGGUGCCUUUGCUGAAGAUCGGCGUCGUGCUGAGCACCAUGGCGAUGAUUACCAACUGGAUGUCGCAGACCCUCCCCUCUUUGGUGGGGCUCAACACCACCAGGCUCACGGCGGCGCAGGGAGGGUACCCAGACCGGAGCACAGGAGUGUUGCCAGCAAACCCAGAGGAGUCGUGGCAGGUGUACAGUUCAGCCCAGGAUAGCGAGGGAAGGUGUGUCUGCACUGUGGUGGCACCCCAGCAGUCCAUGUGCUCACGAGAUGCCCGUACCAAACAACUGAGGCAGCUGCUGGAGAAGGUCCAGAACAUGACCCAGUCCAUCCAGGUGCUGGACCAGCGCACCCAGAGGGACCUGCAGUAUGUAGAGAAGAUGGAAGUUCAGCUACGUGGUCUGGAGACCAAGUUUAGGCAGGUGGAGGAGAACCAUAAGCAGAACAUCGCCAAGCAAUACAAGGCCAUAAAAGCGAAAAUGGAGGAGCUUAGACCGUUGAUACCAGUGUUGGAGGAGUACAAAGCCGAUGCCAAAUUGGUAUUGCAGUUUAAGGAGGAGGUCCAGAAUCUGACGUCAGUUCUAAGCGAACUUCAGGAGGAGAUGGGGGCCUAUGACUACGAGGAGCUCCACAACAGAGUGUCAAAUCUUGAGGAGAGACUCCGAGCAUGCAUGCAAAAAUUAGCAUGCGGCAAACUGACGGGCAUCAGUGACCCCAUCACCAUCAAGACGUCCGGAUCCAGGUUUGGCUCCUGGAUGACUGACCCUCUGGCUCCUGAAGGAGAUACUCGGGUCUGGUACAUGGAUGGCUACCAUAACAACCGAUUCGUGCGGGAGUACAAGUCUAUGCAUGACUUCAUGACGUCAGACAACUUCACGUCCCACCGGCUCCCCCACCCGUGGUCAGGAACAGGUCAGGUAGUCUACAAUGGCUCCAUCUACUUCAACAAAUUCCAGAGCCACGUCAUCAUCAAGUUUGACUUCCGGACCUCCUCCAUCAGCAAGUCCCGGCAGCUUGACUACGCAGGCUUCAAUAAUGCGUAUCACUAUGCCUGGGGAGGGCAUUCUGACAUUGACCUCAUGGUGGACGAGGGAGGACUGUGGGCUGUCUACGCCACCAAUCAGAAUGCCGGGAAUAUUGUUAUCAGCAAGCUGAACCCCAACACGUUGCAGAUCAUCAAGAGCUGGACCACCAACCACCCCAAACGGAGUGCCGGCGAGUCUUUUAUGAUCUGUGGCACGUUGUAUGUGACCAAUGGCUACUCGGGAGGCACCAAAGUCUACUAUGCCUACUCCACCAACUCCUCUACUUACGAGUACAUCGACAUUGCCUUCCAGAAUAAGUACUCACAUAUCUCCAUGUUGGACUAUAACCCACGUGACCGUGCACUCUACGCUUGGAACAAUGGUCACCAGGUUCUCUACAACGUCACACUUUUCCAUGUCAUCCGCUCAGAGGAACUGUAACCAUGAACAUGGAUCGAACACCAUAAAUGCAUAUUGUCUGUAAAGGAAAUCUCACUAUAUACAAAAAUAUAUCUGCUCCAAGAGACUCUAUGGCAAGACCAUUCUAUUUAUGAUAUCAAAGAAUUUCUGAAAGACUGUAUCAACAGUGAAUGCAAAGUAGAGUGAAUGUGCAUAUGAAAAAAUAUCUAAAACUGAAGGGUUUCAUUCCAAAAUGUGAUAAAUUGAUAAUCACAAACAAGAAAAAGAAGCCGUAUCUGUUAUUAUCACAGAUGAUUGUGUCAAAAGCAAAACAUUUUUGUAAAUAAAAGGUCGUAACAUGACUUCUUAGUCUUAGUAGACUUUAUUUUAAUAGCUGCCAUGAUUUUGUUAAAGGGUCUUUUAUUUUGGAAUGAAACUCUUUAAUUGUUUGCCGUAUAGAAAAUGACUGUAAAAGUAGAUAUAAAUAUAUCAGAUUUAAAAGAAUAAGAACAGAUGCCAAAAAAAAAAAUCAAAACAAAAAAACACACGCCUUUUUUUAUAUCAUGGAAUAUAAACCUGAGCUCAUUCCUGUGGCUCCAGUUCUUCUGCAGAAAUCCUCCCGGCUGAACUUUUCUUUUGGUCAUUGGGGGUCCUGAAACGAAGACUGUUAUAAUAAACUGUUGGAUCCCCGUGUCCCAUGGACAUAACGUUAAAAAAAAAAACAAAAACGGGAGGUCACUCUAGUCAGAAGACUUGAUAGCCUAAUGGAUGCUGUGUGUCAUAUUCUUUUUAUUAAGUACCGUAGCAAAUCAGAAGUCUGUAGAGAAACAGAAAACAUCAAUAACAACAUCCACUAAAAGACCUGAAGGCACUGACUGUUGACAGCGCUGUUGUUUAAGAUGAUUUCCCUGUGUUGGUGACUAUGUGUGAAAAAGGCUUUCUUUGCAUGAGUGUUUUCUAUCACUCCCGUCUUCUGAAUGUCUUUUUUGCUGUAUGAUACUAUUAAAAAAGGUGGGCGGUAGGGUGGGUGGGGGAACAAGGUAGUAUGCCUUUGGGAUUUGGGGGUUUGCAGAGAUAUUUACCUUUUUCCUGCUUCCUUCGAUUUUGUUCUCGUUCUGUUCAUUUCAAUUUCUUUGCAAUAAUGUUUUUUUUUAACGUUUUUGUAUCUCUGUAACUGUUGCCACCGGUUUUGCCUCUCUAUUUGUUUAUUUGGACUGCGUAGGAGGAAUCUAUCUAGCUCACAUCUCUCUGAAGUAAAAGAAAAAAAAGAAACAACAGAAUGUAUCUAGUAUUGUAUACUGGAAACCAGGUCCCUCUAUUUUCAAUCCACAUCAUGUAGUCGGGAAAGGGUUUUUUGGUUUUUUUUACAGGAUAAAUCCUGUCUCAUGUCAUGUAUCCCCCCACUGCUCGUGAAGGAUAAUGCUGUUUAAAUGUAUACUCUUGCUGAGGACAAAAGCUUUUCACUCUUUUUGCGCUUUGCUGGACAUGUGUUGUAUCUGAGAUGAGAUAGUUAAUGAUUCGUGUCAAUAAAAUAGAGAAAUCUGA